AAUUUGAAUUUCGAAUUCAAUUUCAUCCCCCCACAAAUCUGCCCUAGUUUUUUUUACUGUUGAGAGGGGAUUGACGGUCGAAAAAAAAGGAUCAUUUUUCUUCUGUUAUUUUUGAGUAGUUGGUUCACCGUUGGUGGUGGUGGAAAGCUUUUCAACUCGUCAUCCUCUCAGUUGGCUUCUCUCCAAAAGUUGGCUAGAAUAAUUAUGAGCAAAUUGUGGGCUUUGCUUACUCACCUCCAUGCUCUUGCCGGGCCAGUGGUGAUGUUACUCUAUCCUUUAUAUGCAUCAGUAGUAGCAAUAGAGAGCACAUCAAAGUUGGAUGAUGAACAAUGGCUUGCUUAUUGGAUUCUAUACUCUUUUCUUACUCUUAUGGAGAUGCUUCUUCAACCUAUUCUACAAUGGAUACCAAUUUGGUAUGAGGUGAAAUUGGGAAUGGUGGCAUGGUUGGUUCUUCCCCAAUUCAGAGGAGCUGCUUUUAUCUAUAACAAAUUUGUGAGGGAAAAACUCAUCAAGAAAUAUGGAUCUUCAUAUAUCCUCAAGAAGGGAGAUCAUUAAUUUAAAGUCAUUGAGGAUGGAUGCAGCAUCAAAUUAGGCUAUGAAUGGUCUUAAUUAUGUGGAUAUGUGCCACAUCAAGAUAAUGUAGUUAUGUUGUUGUAGAUCAAAUAGACAUUGCUUGUUAAUAUGAAUGUUAUGUAUCAAUUAGUAUCUAACAUUAGCUUUGAUAUGUGCUUGUACUCUUUAAUUUACAGUUCAAAAAUAGAAAUAAAAAAAUAAAAUUAGCUGGUCGGUUUCUC